AUGGCAGCCAAGACGGCACUCGUCCUCCUCGACCUGCAACAGGGCAUCAUCCCCAUGGUGGGCGACGCCGACCCGAGCGUCUACCUCGAGCGCGUCGCCGCCACAGCGCAAAAGGCGCGCGAGGCCGGCGUGCAGGUCAUCCACGUCAACACCUUCUUCCGCAAGGGCUUCCCGGACCUGUCGGCGCGCAACAAGUUCAUGGCGCCCAUCGUGGCCAUGGUCGGGGACAGCGGCCAGUUCACCGAGGGCGACGCGUCGACCGAGUUCCACCCCAUAGUGGCGCCGCCGCCGGGCACCAAGGACGUCGUCGUCACCAAGAAGCGGACCUCGGCCUUCACCGGGUCCGACUUUGAGGUGGUGCUGCGCAGCUUCGGCAUCGAGACGCUGGCGCUGGCCGGGGUGGCGACGAGCGGGGCCGUCCUGUCGACGGUCCGGCAGGCGGGCGAUCUCGACUACGGGCUCGUCGUGCUGGAGGACCUGUGCCGGGACUGGGACGAGGAGGUGCACCGGGUGCUGACCCAGAAGGUGUUUGAGAGGCAGGCCGACGUGCUCUCGUCUACGGAGUGGCUGGAGUCGUUGAAACAACAAUGA